GAACAAAAAGUGCUUUUUAAUUUAUUGCAGAUUACGAAAUUGUGCUUUCAAAACGGGGUACCAACAUGCUUCUCAUGAAGGGGCACAGAUACGGAUUGAGGACGCAGAAAGGCUACCAGACCAGGUGGAGGUGCGUCAAGCACAGUCGCAACUGCAAAUCUACUGUAUCCAUAGUCCAUGGUCGCAUCGUCGCCAUAAAAGAACACAACCAUUGAAUCGGUUUGCGAUAAAGGCAAAUUCAUUAACUCCUACAUAAAAUGUAUACGGAAAAAUCUACAAGAAAAAAACCCGGCCAAGUGCGUGUCGUGUCACGCGCAGUGUACGGUUCCGUAAUUGCCUGUAGUUACCACACCAUGAUUUGAGCAGGACUCUUUAUUUUCUAUAUCGGAAACUAGAAUAACAGUCAGUCUAUGUAUCUCAACUAAAAUACCUGCAUCGAAGUCAAACUGCAUAUAUAUUUUUUUAAAUACGAAUAAUAAAUAAUAAUCGCCGAUUUUUUUUUGUUUCCUCCCAGGCGUGAAAUAAAUAAAUAAAUUGGGUGUGAAAUCCUCUUAUAUACUCUACAGCUGGCUGCAAGCUUAUGUCAGACUUAAAUUUUAACUAAUCUUCUUUAUUAAACAACGUUUAAUUACACAUUUUACUAACAUAUCCUUAUAAUAUUACUUAUUUUGAUAUAUGUUAUUAAAUGUAAGUAGGAUAAUGGAGUGUCUAAAUUAUAUUUCGUAUGUAUACAUAAUUCACACAAGUGUCCUUUUAAGAAAUCGAUUUUCCAUUUAUUUAUUGAUAUAAAUAAGUGUGAGUGUUCUGUUGAUUGAUAUUCUUGAUUGUGUUUUAAGAAAAUUAUACAAUUAAAUUAACAUUAUAAGCCAUAAACUUACAUCCAUAUACCCAGCUAAUAAGUACCUAUGUAACAAUAAUCCAACACACUGUUUUUAAUUAAAAAAAAAGUCUAGUGUUCAAGACAUUGUAUUGUAAUGUACAAAUUUUAUGAAUGAAGUGGAUUUUUCAAAAAAAAAUGUUUUAAUAAUAUUGUGCUAUUGUUGUUUAAUACUAUAAUUUAUCAAAAACAUUUUCGUCAUAUAGUAUAUUGUAUUUGACUAAUCACAAUCCUAAAGUGAUAUUAUUGAUCGAAAGCUUCCUCCCGCUUACGACAGGUAUUUUCUUAAUAAGGCCACAUGUGAUAGGCUAUUAAAGCGAUGGCAUUUACGUUCUUCUAUGGUAAUGAUGUACAAGUUGUAAGGCCUUCUCUGAUACGUAGUAACCUAUCUGUCGUUGUAACCAUUCUGUGGUUUCGCUUCCGAGCGACAGUGCGUGGAACGCGUUCGUCCACUAAGACAUCAUUGACAAGUCAAUUGUGUCUACCUUUUGCAAAGGGCUUGUUUUCAGCGGUCAAUGAAAUUGCGAACAAAACCUCACCACGCACUUCGGGAAGAGGGGCGACUGUGGAAUUUUGUAUUUUUUUUUGUGACUCUUACUAGUAAUGAUUGGUGUUGUUUGUUUCUUUUUAUAUAAUUUUAGCGCCAUCUUGAGUGUCUAUUUUCAACAAACGAUAAUAGGCAGGUGCGUUGCCGUCCGUGGUUAUCUACCGUGUCGGCAAUUUCACGGACCGUGGUCUCCAUUUUGAAUUUUUAACGGUACACAAGAAUGUGAAACACGUGAUGGUCAAAGGUUAUAAAUACAGCCUACAGUCGGUGAAGAACGGAAAAGGUAACCAAUACCCUAUAUACAAAACGGGCAAAGUGCAACACACCAUCAUUGAUGGUUUCAAAUUCAGCGUACAACGCAGUAAAAAGAAACGCUUCAGGUGGCGAUGCGUCAAGCAAAGGGAUGGCUGUAAAGCUUGCUUCUCUACGUUUAACAACUUCAUUUACUUGAUAAACAAUGAACAUAAUCACCGUCCUUUAAUCUGCCGCUAUAAAUAUGAAAGGGAAUUCGACUAACGAAAAGUCCUCGCAAAAUGGAUAGUGGACUAAAAUAACAAAUGAAAAACAACUAUUAUUGACAAAAUGCUUUAUGUACAUUUUUGUAUAGAACAUUUUAAUUACUAAGAUAUAGAGAAGAGCCUUUUUUGACCAAGAGCUACUGAACCCUCCGAGUAACGGUCUGUCUGUAAGGCUAGAAAUUCUUAUGGUGAUG